AUGUCAUCUACGAAUACUACUACAACGACGACAACGACCACGAAACCCACCGCCACUUGCGCUCUCUGCGGAGCACCGGCUACAAAACGCUGUUCCCGCUGCAAAUUGGCAUGGUACUGUUCCCCCGAACAUCAGAAACAAGAUUGGAAACGCCACAAACGAACGGCGUGUGACGAUGCCUUUCAAGCCGAUCAGCACACGUUGCACAAACGGGAAUUCGACAGGAUUCGAUUGCACUACCAAUUGGACAGCGAAAGCAAGUCCAGUGAGAUUGCCGAGUUCAUCACGUCCGGUGAGAGUGUCACCCCUCAAGGAUUUUCCGACAAAUUCGGAACCACCGUGGAAGAAGCCGUCGUCUUUUUGGAAUGGAUCAAUGUGGGUGUCAAAUUCAAAGAAGAAACACUGGAUGCGGCCAAAAAGGCGGGAUUUGAUACCAAACAGUUGAACCAGAAUCGGUGA